CGUUUUAAUUUCAGAAUGGCUGAAAUGAAUUCGAAUACAAUGUAUUCAACAAUUUCAUGUCCAACAUUAGAAAAGACUGCAACACUCUCUGUACAUGGACGAAUUAAACAAAAUCCUGAUUAUGCGAUCAGACAAAUUUCACAAAAAUAUGAUUCAUAUCAAGCAUUAAUUUAUCAUCAUGCUGGUAUACCACCACGACGUCGGCUAUCAUCCACUGGUGAUGGCAGCGCAGGUGAUUCCAGUACAACAGCUUCAGGCAGUAGUUAUGGUGAACGUGAAGAAGGCAGUGAAGGUCCACCAGAAUCUGAUGAGGCUGAUCGUGAAGAAUCUGAUACAAUGUCACAAUCAGGACAUGUUACAGAAAACGAACGUUUACAAGUGGAAACAUUUUUUAGAGGUUUAAAAACACAGGUAUAUGUCUGCAGUUCAUUAGCAAACCUAUAUGUCGGCACAACAGCAAAAAAUUCCGAAUGGGAACUUCGUUACACAGGCAUUCCAGUUGUGCUGUUAGACACAGGUGAAACACGAUCACGUGAUAAACGCCGUAUACAAAUCCUGUUAGCAGAACGUGGUACAUGUUUUACAUUAUGGCGUGACACAAUUGAUAAUUUAACCUCAUACAAAGUAUCUGGCCGAGCAUUCCAUACAAUGUAUUUAUCAUCUGAUCAUAGCCAAUUAAUUGGAUUCAGUUUUGAUACAGCACAAGCAGCACACGAUAUGUGGACACAUAUCGAACGUCUUGUAUCUGAUCCAGAAAAUAUAUCACUAUCAGUACCCGGUAGAAAGAAAAAGAAACAACCAAAAUUACCAAAACCUGCACCUCUACCACCAAAAUCACACAUUUCUCAGCCAUGUUGUUUUCAACAUGUCACUUCUGUCGAUGUAACCGAUCGAAAACGUUAUUUUUCAAUGCAAGCUUUGGUGCCAAUUAUCAACGAUGUGCAAUCAAGGCAGUUACCGCCAACUGAAGAACAAUACUAAAUGUUCUUUUGUUUGUUUGUUUUUUUUUUAAUAAUAAUAUUUAAUGACAGCGUAACAACUUCAAAUGUAAAAAAAUAUUUUUAAAAGAUUACAAUCAUGAUGUAAGUAGAGACAGCUUAGCAAUGCCAUCAAAGAUUAAGCAUUCGUCAAGCUAAUGUCGUAAUAAGAAAAAAACUUUUAAAAGCAAAGAAAUAUACCAUGAACUUUUAAGAGCAUUCAAGAGAUAAGCGACGUAAAACCCUGGUGUUGUGUUAGGUUACAUUAGCCAAUCAGAAGUAUGUAUGUUACGUAACGUUACAAGUAAUGAUAUCUGAUUGGUUAACGCUACUCAAUGGAAUAAGUAUAACUGAAGCCUAAUCGUUAGGGUAAUUUACUUUUAUUAAAACAUAAGUAAAAAGGAACGAGAAGUGUCGUGGGACACCCAGUAAGAACUGGAUGUUCUAACUAUAUUCCUUUCGUACCUUGGUGCAUUAUAAAAGUAGCGCUUACGUUUUUUAAUUUCAAGGUAUUUUCUGAAAAUUUACGGUA